AGAAAUUGCUAUGUUCCUCUCUUUAAAAAACAAAAACUCUCUAGAGUUUACUAUGUUUCUCACUCUAUAACAUCUCUCUCGUCUUUAAUGGAGAGAUGGGCCUGAAAAGUUAAAAAGCUGAAGGGGCAAAAGCUGCCGCAGCUGCUACUUUCUUUGCAGAAAAAAGAAAAUACCAAAAAAAACUUAGAUGCCAUCGGACUCGCUGGAGGUGAGUCUCGAUCUGCAGAUAUAGAUAUGGAAAAAAUGGAUGAAGAGAUAGAGAGAGAAACAAAAUUUAGAGAGAGAGAAAGGACAAAAAAGUGGAGAGGUGGGCCACAGGGUUUGGCAAUGGAAAAGAGCCAGAUGGGGCUGGUGUCUGUUUUAUCUAAGUCCUUGGCCUCUGUGAUUUAGAUUUGUAACGAGUGAGCGAAAAUGGCGGUGAGUCUCACCCCCACUUGUAUUCAUUGUGCGAAAGCUUCGUUAAUUAAGAAAGAAACCUAUAUUCUCAAUCUUUUAUCUACGUGAUUUCUGGCCCCUCUCUCUCUAUCUCUCUCCUCGAUUCUGGUUGUUUUAUAGGAAGAUCUUAGGACUUCAAUUCAGUUUCCUUUUGUGAUAAGUUUGAGGGAUAUUUUAUGGUGAUUUAAGGAGCGACGCUUGCGGUUUUUGAUUCAUUUAUCGACUUGGAUCUUGGAUUGUAACGACUGCGUAUUUGAUCCAUUCUUUAGCCCUGGAUCCUCGCCUGUAAUAUUGAGGGAGAUGUAUCUAGAGAGAGGGUUUUAAUUUGGUCAUGUGAUUCAGUCUAGAGAGACAAAGAGGGAGAGUAUCAGAGAUUUGUGUUUUGAUUCUUGAGGUGGGUUUUGAUUUCUGAAUGUCAUAGAGCAGUAGAGAGAGAAAUACUGAAGCCACUGAAUCUGGUUGUGUGAACAAAUCUACUAUUAGAUGGAAAUAUUAAUGAGAGAGAAUAUUAAAGAGAGAGUGUUGAUGUGGCUUUGAUUUAUUAAUGUUAUUUUAUCAGUAGAGAGAGAGAGAGAAAGAGAGGGAUUUGUAGAUCUCUGCCAUUUGGGUGAUGGCAGAGGGAGAGCCUUGAGAGAUUUGUGUGUUUUGGUUGAGUAAGAGAGAGAGACCUGAUUUUCUGUUUUGUUGAAAUGGGAUUUUGAUGUGUUAAUGGGAUGAGUUGUAGAGAGAGGAAAUUUGGGAUUUGGGUUGAUGGAAAAUGCUGCUUAGACAUGGAAGAGGCGUGACCCACAUUCUCCAUUCUCACUCUAAACUCCCCAUUAACCACCAUCCACCAUUAACGCUUCUUCUUCUUCCUCGCUCCUCGCUAUGAUGCAAGAUGAGAACCAGAAAUCCAGAUCAAACAGGAGAACAAAGAGCAGGGAAAAGAAGAUCCCUCAACGCGGUCUCGGUGUUGCCCAACUGGAGAAGCUUAGAAUGGAAGAAAUGCAAAAGCAACAAUCACGCACUCUCUCUCUCCAAAAAUCUCUUCCAUUUGCUCCCCUCCCAAUCCCUGUAACGACUUCAAGUGCAACUUCUCUGGUUCUUAAUCCUAGCAAUUUCCACCAUUUUAGCCCUAAUAUUCGAUGCUCCGAAUCUCCAGCAAUGGAGUCUUCUUGCUUGGCGAAUGUGGGUUCACAGGUGGUGAUGCCUCCUCCUGCGUGGCCUGCCAUGCCGCCUGGUUCGGGAGAGAAUUCGAGCCACCGUGAUCCAGAGGUUAUGAAGAAGACGGAUUACUUUCCCUUUGGUUCUCCAUUUACCUGUGAUUCUCUAUCUCAGAGCAUAAUAAGAAGGAACCCACAUUCCUUGGUGGCGCCAACACCAUCAUCAUCAUCUGGAGUUAACAAUCUACAGAUGGAGCCCCCUUCAAACCAAAGCUACUCUAGCAACAAGCCUCCAUGGACAAUUGAGGAAGACAGGAUUAUCGGCAUCAAGCGCCCAUGGCCUCUCUUCCAAGAAAACCAAUCUCUUCAUCUUCCUCGAAAUAAGUCGCCCAAUUUGGGAAUUCACCAUGAACCUUCCAAAUUAGAAGAAAACUCCGUUUUCAGAGACCAUUGUUCGAGCUCGAUGCACCUUCAAUCAGGUGUCACAGUUAACUGGAGAAAUUCUUUGGGGUCACAGGUGGAUCAAGGCUCUUAUAGUACAUUGAGACCCUCUUUCGAACCAGUUGCUGAUCGAAGACGUGAAAGUGUAGAUGGUGCUUUUCUCACUCUAGCUCCUUCAAAUUCAUCCAUGAAUCCUACCAUCAAUCCCCAUUACACCAUGGAUUUUGCUAAAUAUCAUGUCAAUCCUCGCUCCACCGUUGAUGUUGCCAACCAUCACCAGUACCAAACUCAGGAAUUCAUAGGAAAUAUUGAGAGAGAGAGAAAAGAGAAGGGGGUGAGAUUCAUCCCUUUCAUUAGCCCGGGUCCAAGCAAAGUAAAACCACCAAAUUCUGAAGAUAGAAGAGAGAGUAAUGAGGAGCCAAGCGUUGAUCUCAACCUCAAGUUAUGAAAGGCCAAAGGAGAGAAAAAAAUGUCUCUUUAGCGAGAUUGCAAGGUGGCAGAUCUAAAGAUAGAGUUUUCAGAGAGUGUUAUUAUGGCAUAGUCUCUUUUGGUUUUGGUUGUCAUUUGACGGAGAAAGGUGAAAAAUGUUUGGAUUAAAUGUGUUUGAUUUGUGCAGAGUUGCACCCAACCAAUUUUUUAUUUUUUGGGUAAUUUAGUGGGGACGACAGGCCUUUACCCGUUUUUUUUUUUUUUCAAUAGGUGUUAAUUGGGGGUAUCAAAGCCAUAGGAAUGGAUAAUACGAUGUGGUAACUGGGUAUGGGGAUACUACGAUUAGGAUACUACGACGUGAUACUACGAUGUGGUAACUGGGUAUGGGAAUACUACGAUGUGGUAACUGGGUAUAGGGAUACUACGAUGUCGUAACUGGGUAUGGGGAUACGCCCACCAUGAUUGGAUAGGUGUAUGGGGAUACGGCCACCACGACUAGAUACUACGAUGUGGUAACUGGGUGUGGAGAUACUACGAUGUGGUAACUGGGUGUGGAGAUACUACGAUGUGGUAAUUGGGUAUGGGGAUACUGCUACCACGACGAACCAGCCCUUUUUCUUGAAGUGGUAUGGCAGUGGGGAUUUAGGCUCUACCCUUUGGUGAUAAUGGAGUCAAAGACCUCGUCAUAAGACUCGGCAAUACUACCUCAAAUCCCUACCCUUUGGUGAGAAUCGAGUCAAAGACCUUAUCAUUGAUCUCGGCAAUACUACCUCCAAAGCUCAUGUUAUUCUCAAGCACCCAAUUUUUAAUUCAUUUUCAUUAGAUACCCCUUGGCCGAAAUUUGGGGCACAAUAUCUACUUAUUAUAAUGGCUGUAUAUAAAAUUGGGAUACUUUUUUAUUGUGAUUCCCACCAUGCUAAAUGCCCUUUACGAGGGUCCAUAAUAGAGUCGAAUAACCUCCCA